AUCUUUUCGAACGUAGCUUGAGAUGCAUGGCAGAUGUAAGAAUGAGCUGUAGGUUCAUUGUGUUCAUAACUAAGUAUAUAACAGUAGGUCGCAGCUGCUGUUGAGAGUCCAUCAAACCACUGAACAUCAACUUUUCAUCCCUUUUGCAACAAGAUACCCAAAAGUUUUCUUAUUACAUCACCUCUUAAAGUAUAUUACAUUACAUCUCAACACCACCAAGAUGCCUUCCUUCACCGUCUACAAGGGCUCCAAGGACAGCAAGAUUGUCAAGGGUCAAACUACCAAGCCUGACCUUCAGGAUGACCAGGUCCUCAUCAAAGUAACCGCCUCCGGUCUUUGCGGAACUGAUGAGCACUACAAGGAGGCCGACAUGGCUCUCGGCCACGAGGGUGUCGGUAUCGUUGAAGAGCUUGGUCCCAACGUCAAGGAACUGAAGAAGGGUGACCGUGUCGGAUGGGGAUACGAGCACAACUCCUGCGGCCGCUGCGACCAAUGUCUUACAGGCCGUGAGACCUACUGCAACCAGCGCGAGAUGUACGGCUCACACAACCUCGACCAGGGUAGCUUUGCUUCCCACGCCGUCUGGCGCGAGUCUUUCGUCUUCAAGGUUCCCGAUGAGUUGAGCGACGCUGAUGCAGCACCUCUGAUGUGCGGUGGUGCUACCGUAUUCAACGCCCUCCACACCUACAACGUCAAGCCUACCGACCGCGUUGGUGUCAUGGGUGUCGGUGGUCUUGGUCACUUGGCCAUCCAAUACGCCGCCAAGAUGGGCUGCGACGUCGUCGUCUUCUCCGGUUCAGACAACAAGAAGGACGAGGCCAUGAAGCUCGGCGCAAAGGAGUUCAUCGCCAUGAAGGGAAAGACUGAGAUUAGCGUCAGCCGCCCCGUUGACGCUCUCCUUGUCACCACCUCGGUCAUGCCAGACUGGAAGAUGAUGCUUCCCGUCCUCAACUCCAACGCCAUCAUCUUCCCCAUGACUGUCUCCUUCGAUGACUUCGCUAUCCCCCACAUGGGCCUCAUCUCCAAGGGUAUCACCGUCCAGGGUUCCGUUGUCGCCGCCAGGGCUGUACACCGCAACAUGUUGGCUUUCUCCGCGCUACACGGCAUCAAGCCCAUCACCAUGGAGUUCCCGUUGACCGAGAGCGGUAUCGAGGAGGCUAUGACCACGCUGAGGGAUGGAAAGAUGAGGUACCGUGGUGUUCUUAAGCCCCAGUAGAUGGAUGGGUUUGCACUCGUGAUGGGAUAAUGGAAGAUUAAUGAACGGAGUAUGACUAGAAGAUACCGAUGAUA